ACGUUUAGGAGCCGAGGUACUCAUCUAGAAUCAGAGAGUUCUCCCGUCCCGCCACAAUCCCAAUUUCAGAAAACCCUAAUUUCUUCUUCCACUUACCAAGUAGCAACAUUUGUGAAAGUAGCAACCUUUGUGUAAUUUUGAUGGACUCUGCGCUAAAACCCAAGUAAAAGGUGUUGUAACUCUUUGUUGAGAUAGAUAAAUAGAUCUGUCACUAUGAAAUCGAAAAAGAGUGACUUUGGUCCUAAUAGAGAUAUAAUAAGUGGUCUACCAGAAGAUCUGCUUUGCCACAUUUUGUCAUUCCUUCCCAUUGAAGACUCUGCUUUGACUUCACUUCUCUCCAAAAAGUGGCGCUAUCUCUUUGCUUUCAGACCAAAUCUUGACUUCGAUGGCUCCGUAUACUACAACGACAUUGAUGGGAAUAUUCGCUGGAGUUUUAUAGAGUUCGUGAAUAGAGUUUUGGAGUUGCAAGGGGAUUCUACUGUCAACAAGUUCUCUCUAAUGUGUGGACAUGGCGUUGUUCGUUCGGAGUUUGUCAUUGAAUGGAUAUUAAACGUGCUGCGACGUGGUGUUAACGAUCUUGAUUUACGCAUUACUCUAGACGAGGGUUGUCUGCCUUCAAAGAUCUUCGAGAGUAAGUCACUGGUUAGGCUGAGGAUAGAAUCUGGAAAUGUUUACGGCAUUGAUUUGGAACAUGUUUCUCUUCCGAAGCUUAAGACUCUCUCCCUUAAUAGAGUUAUGUUAGGAGACGCUGGAGAUUGUUUUCACAAGCUUACAUCUGGUUGCCAUGUCCUCGAGGAAUAUUUGGUCGGCAAUGCAUCAGAUUUUCUUAAGGGAAUCUGCAAUGUUCAGAUCCUUUACUUAUCUGCCAGCACUCUCGAGGUUCUUACUUUCUGCUGUAAACCAGUGCCGGUAUUUAACAACUUGAUUCAUUUAACUGUUGAGACCCGUUAUAAUGUAGGAUGGGAAUCACUGCCAACUCUACUCAAGAACUGCCCCAAUCUAGAAACUCUUGUAUUCGACGGACUCCACCACAAAUAUACAAUCAAAUGCGGGGAUGUUGACGGGUGCCUAUGCAAAAUUUCAGGGGAGGUUCCUACUUGCUUAUCAUCAAGUCCGGUGAAGGCUUUAAAGGUACUGAGAUUUGGUGAAACUGGUAUAGAAGAGAAUCAGAUAGAGCUGAUCAAGCACUUCCUAGAGACAAUGCCACGUCUUGAAAAACUGACAGUACACUACGAUACAUCGAUAGAUGAUGAUCUGAUUAAAGUGUCAAGCCAACUUAACAACUUUGCAAGAGAAGCUUCACCAAACUGCGAGAUCCAUGUAAUCUCUGAUCGCCUCCUCAACUAAAACAAGAUUCUCCUCUUCUUUCUGCCUUUUGUUCUUUAGUUAUUGUGACUUGUGUACGUGUCGGAUUAUUUGUCGUUUUGAUUGGGAAUACUCGAUUAUCUUU